UUUUUCUUCUACUCCAAAUUCAAAAAAGUUUAGGCGUUUAGCCCAUUUACUAAAAUCGUUCGUCCCUGCCACCCUCCUGGAUCUCCAUCUCUCAGACUGUCUCUUUUCCCUCACGCUUCCAGUCUCGCCGUUAUAGGUGUGGGGCAUCUGGUUCUGCUUGCGCUUCUUGCAUCCGUUCGAUUGUAACCGGGUCAGUCGGGGGUGACCAGUUCGAUUGUCGGGUCGGUUCUGAUUUGAGAUUUGAAAGCAGAAGAAGAUGGAUAAGGCGAAGAUUGAGGAGGUGAUAGAGAAGCAAGUGCUGACGGUGGCGCAGGCCGUUGAGGACAAGAUCGACGAUGAGAUCGCCGCCCUCGACCGCCUAGACGCUGAUGACCUAGAAGCCCUGAGAGAGCGCCGCCUCCAACAGAUGAAGAAGAUGGCCGAGAAGCGCAGCCGUUGGAUCUCCCUCGGACACGGCGAAUACACCGAGAUCCCUUCGGAAAAGGACUUCUUCUCCGUCGUCAAGGCCAGCGAGCGCGUCGUCUGCCAUUUCUACCGCGAAAACUGGCCCUGCAAGGUGGUUGAUAAACAUUUGAGUAUAUUGGCAAAGCAGCAUAUCGAGACUCGUUUUGUGAAAAUUAAUGCUGAAAAGAGUCCUUUUUUGGCUGAGAAGCUCAAGAUCAUUGUUCUUCCAACUCUUGCCCUCAUUAAGAAUGCCAAAGUGGAUGACUAUGUGGUGGGAUUCGAUGAACUUGGUGGGACUGAUGAAUUUAGCACAGAAGAUUUGGAAGAGAGAUUGGCUAAAGCUCAAGUAAUCUUUUUUGAGGGUGAAUCUUCAUCAAGGUCAAGUGCACAAACUAAAAGAAGUGUUCGGCAGAGCUCAACAGCAGACUCAUCGGAUUCCGAAUGAGUUGUAUUUCCUGUUAGGUGAAUUUUAUGGUGGUUUUGUUGUGGUGCCUAAAUUGCCUAACUUAUCUUUUAAAGGAAAAAGUAAAUCAUUUAAAAUUUAUUAAAUAUUAUUUAUUUACAAUGUAA